UCGAUGGAGGUGUUGUUGUUGGCGACACUACAGCAGUUGUAUCUAAUUUAAAUCCAGUCGAAGGAAGUUUGUCCCCAAGUCCAAAAGACCUUAAUACCUUAGCUGCUACAGAAAAAGAAUCAACUAGAAAAUCAUUGGCAACAAAUACAAUACGGAUAGAAAAUGAUGGUGCCCCAAAUUCCAGCCAGAGUUCUGUUAAAGCUCAUCAACAAAAGUUUCUUUAGCAAAAACAGUCGGGCUCUUCAUAUGCAGCCCAAACAUUGUCACCCGAGCUAUCGAAGACCGAAUUUUCAACUGAAUCAUGCGUAAAUGGAUACCAAAAACAAUCUAAAAAAGAUGACAGUCAGCCAAUUAACGGUAUGAAAUCAAAUGGAUUUUUGAUUUCUCGAUUAAAACAACAAUCAAAUAUUUCUCCGACACUUCCUGUUCCAUUUCCACAUUUACCGAUGAAUGCAAAUUUAUAUAUAAAUAGUCAACAUACUCAACUAUCCGAUCGCUAUUUAAAUAACAAAGCGUCCCAAAAAAUCGAUACCAAUGACGUGAAGGGAGCUAUUUCAAGCGGAUCCCUCUACGCAGUCAAUCAAGUUUCAUCUAUAUCAUCCGUAAUGUGCAGCUGUGAGAAAUCAGUUAAUUCAAAUGGGUCCGAAUCAAAAGAAGGAGACAUUUUUAAAACCAAUUUAGAACCUUAUACUGCAGAAAAUCUCGGUGCAAGCAGUGCCAAAUUCCAAGACUCUAAUGUAUCCCAAAUAUGUCCCACGAAAUAUAAUAUCAUAAACAAAGGUACGGAUGAGUCAACACAGGUAUGUUAUCAAUCAAAAAGUGGGCUUGGAAAGGAAAAAUCAGGACUAUAUUCCAAAACGCAGUUUAAUAAAAAAAAUAACUUUCAACAUGCCGUGAUAAUUUCUGAGGAAAACGAUAUCAAUUCCUUUAAGUACGGAGGCUCUCAAGUGAUAACCCCAUUUUUAGUAAAGCCAGACAAUCAAUUAAAACGUCAUGUUUCUCGAAAAAUUAGCAAAUCCGAGCAAACUUCUCCAAAUAAUAUAGAAAUGGACAAAGCUAAUUUUGUAUAUGAUUUGUAUCAUGAUCAACAUACCAAGCAAAGAAGUACUGGCUGUUUGCUGUAUCCUUCAAAUCCAUGGAUUAGAAAAAGCGAAAUCAACCAUACCAUUUCCUCUACGGAAGAAAAACAUUUGCACGUAUUUCAAAAUAUCGAUCCUUGGGUCAAACGUCAAACGGACUGCCCAAUAGAAUUUUCACGGUUUCAACCAGAAUAUAUCUGUCAAGAUAACACUAAAAACAAACCUUUUUCGGAAACAAUUAAAAAAAAACAUUGUAUGCAACAAACAUUAAAUUAUAUUAAAAACGCUAAUGAUAAUCACAUUGUUUUAGAUAAGUCUGGGCUGCUGUUUGCCACAUUUUCUUCACAAAACGGUCAACCUUCAUAUAAAUUAAAUACAAAUUCUCGCACAAAAUCUAGAAGUUUUAUUCUGAAUAAAUUAACGGAUAUUUCGAAUCCGCUAUCAAACAACCCCAGUAAAACUAUAAAUGAAAAUUAUGUUAAUUUUUGUUGUCGAAAUAAUCAAGAAAAAUUAAAAAUUCACGCAGAAAAUUUGCAAUCUAGACAUAGCUUUUCAUCAAUCUCUACCAAAUUUAAAGAAGAAUUACCCUUAAAUAUUCGUAGACUAUCAGAACAAAUUUGUAAGCCGUCAUUGCAAAAAAUGGUUCCGUUGUCAAUUAGCGAUUUUGACAUACGUAAUAUCCCUGUUUCUGAAAAAGUGUUUGAUCAAGAAAACCUUUCAAUUGAAAUAAACACGCCAGAAAUAUUUUACGGGAAGAAACAUAUUUCGGAGCAACAUGCGAGUUGCCAUAAAGACUUAAUAUCUUUAAAACUUUCGCCCAAACAAGUAAAAAUCUUUUCAAGUACUCAUAAGCCCGAUACUUUGCUAGAAACCACCUGUUAAAAAAAUGUAGUAAUGAAUUACAAGCCAAUUUUAAAGAGUAUCUUCAUAAGCUCAUUUGGAUUUCAUGUAUGUAUACAUAGAUCAUCAAAAAGUUAAAGUGAAUUAAUUGAAUCCAAAUACAAAUAAACAAGAAUUCAAGAACGAUUUGUAGUAGUAAUUUAUAUAUAAUAUAAGCUUAACAUUUUUACGGUAGUCUUGCAUUUAUAUAAGGUAACACGAAAAUUACCCUUUAGCAUGGGGUUUUGUGUUAUAGACUUACAUAACUACAUUCGCAAACA